AUGGACGAGUCCAUGAUAGCUGCACAAACGAAGGGCAUCAUCAGUUACGAAAAGCAUCUAAGAACAAUGGGAUGGAGGGCCUUGUCCGGAGAGGUAGCGACGUACAAUCGGGCCAAACUUCUCAAGUCUGAGAUGCAAGUCGUCAGGGGGUGCAAUUGUGCAGCAAGACCCGCACGUUCAGCUAUUGGGAUUAUCCAGGGCGCGCUACUGCGUCUACUCACAUCAGGGUUGGAGAGGGUUGGAGUCAAAGACUCGGAGGCGAAAAAAAGUGAGAGGGAGCGUGAUAUCGCGUCCAGUCACAACCAGUCGCUCGUGACGCCGUCACAUCCCCAGUCGGUACUUAAGCGAUUUAUCUCGCGCCGCAUCAUUCCUGCCCGCUCUGUACUCUGCCUUGGCGGUGUUCAACCAACCAUGAACAUCACCGCUGGUGGAGAAUAUGACUGGUACGCGGUCAUCCAUGAAUCACAUUAA